AUGGGUAGAUUAUUCCUCUUUGGUUUUAUGUGAGUUGAAAGCCAAAAAACUCUGAAAAAAUGGAAAAUUCCAGUGGACUCUUCAUCUCCUGGGGUGCUUUAUAUUAUCGAUACAGCGAUGAGAAGAACACCCAAGCUCGAAAAUAUCGAUUAGAUCCCCCGCCAACCUUGGAAAAUGUUCUUGCUGAAAAUCGAUUGCUCGAAAAAGCCGAGCACAUUUUGGAAAAUCAAAUAGUCGGGCCAGAAUCUUUCGUAGUGGAGAAGGAUGCGAUUUAUGCGACGAUUUAUGAUGCAAAAGUUAUCAAGAUUGUUAAUGGGAAGAUUGUUUCGCAGGUUUCGUAUUCAGAAAGAGCAAAAUUCUUCAGGGAUUGUGGAAAUUUUGAGGCUGAAGACACUUGUGGAAGACCUUUGGGGAUUAGGAAAUUGUCCGAAAAUUCGCAAAAAUUCGUAGUUGCUGACGCGUAUUUGGGAGUUUUUGUUGUAGAUUUCAGCGAUGAGCAAAAUCGUAAGAUUUUUGAAUUUUCGAGCGGAGCGAGUGUAGAUCGCAAGCUUCCGCUUUAGCGGCCACGUGGAUUUGCUAUGGUAAGGUAACUAACUGUACCAUAGCAAGUGGCCGCUAAAGCGGAAGAUAGUGCCGCUGACGCGGAAGCUUGCGGUUUACACUCGCUCCGCUCGAGCGGAGAUGCGGAAGCUAUGCCCAAAUUUUGAUCGAGCGCCUAAGGCGCGAGUGUAGACCGGAAGCUUCCGCUUCAACGGCCACGUGGUUUACUAUAAUAUGGCAAACGUCAUAUUAAUCCGCGUGGCCGCUGCGCGGAAGCUUGCGGUUUACACUCGCUCCGCUCGGAAACCCUUUCCAAGUGAUUUUCUGAAAUAUCUGAUAAAAAUCUGAAAACUGGAAUUUCCAGCACAAAUUAUGGGACGAUUUAGUAACUAUAAACUAGUUUCUGAAUCGUCCCAUAAAAUGUUCUGAAAAUUCCAGCAUUUUUCAGAUUUUUAUUGGAAUUUCAGCGGAGAUGCGGAAGCUAUGCCCAAAUUUUGAAUUUUUCCAGCCACAACAUCUCAAAUUCUCGACUCCAAAAAGCCAAUCGAAGGAUUCGCCCCAAAAUUCCUGAAUGAUUUGGAUGUUUUGAAUGAAGAUGAGAUAAUUCUAUCAGAUAGUUCCACAAAAUAUCCAAGAAAACAAUUUAUGCCUCUAAUUUUGGAGCAAAAUCCAAACGGACGAAUAAUUCAUUUGAAAAUCUCGACAAAAACCGCGAAAGUCUUAAUAUCCGGUUUAUAUUUUCCAAAUGGAGUUCAGCUAACUUCGGAUAAACAAUCGAUAUUAUUUAGUGAAUGUAGUAUGGCAAGGAUUAAAAAAUUGGAUUUGAAAUCGAAAAAUGUGGAAAUGUUUGUGAAGAAUUUGCCAGGAAUGCCGGAUAAUAUUCGAAAAACUGAAAGGAAUACAUAUUGGGUUGGAUUAGCAGGUAUUUAAGGCGGAAACCUUCCGCAACCUUCCGCAACCCUAUUUUUCCAGCAAUUCGACAUUCCGCAACUCCAUCACUAAUCGAUAAACUUGGCAGUGUUCCAGGAAUCCGUCAAUUCCUAAUCGAUAUCAUCCCCUCGAAAUUCUGGGAAACCAUCCUACACACAUUUCGAAAAUCCCACUCAAUUGUUGUCGAAAUCGACGAGAAUGGCCGAAUUAUUCGAAGUUUACACGAUUUGACCGGGAAGAUUGUGGGAGAUGUGUCGCAAGUCGCCGAAUUUGAGGGAUAUUUGUAUUUUGGAAGUUUUAACAGUCCGUUUUUGGCGAAAUUGAAAUUGUGA